GAGCGGAUAAAAGCCGGUUCGGCUCCUACUGAACAAGCGCUUCAUCCCUCUGUUCCUUUGCGCUGCGUACCCGGCGCCUCCUGCCCGGCUCCUCCAAUGAAGCCCUGUGAGCGCUGCCGCACCUGAGACACCGAUAUCGGGGAGAGUCGCUGAGUGCGGCGGAGAGCGUUUCUUACCCUGCAAAAGCCCUGGGAGAUAAUUAAGGAUGAGCCAGUGUGAGCCCUAUGUGUCCAGGAACAAUAACUGUCCCAUUACAGCGGUGCGCAAUGAGAGCCAGGACUAUCUGCUUAUGGGGACAGAGGAUGGGGCAGAAAACUCCUUCCAUCACUAUGGAUACUACCCCAUGCAGAGCACUGAAAGCAGACUCUCCCACCGUCGGCAAACAAUACUCCGAGAAAAGGGCCGGAGGCAAGCCAACCGCGGACCAGCAUAUAUGUUUAAUGACCGCUCCACAAGCCUUUCAGCAGAUGAGGAACGUUUUUUAGAUGCUGCAGAAUAUGGGAAUAUCCCUGUAGUACGUAGAAUGAUGGAGGAAUGCCGCUCCUUAAACGUGAACUGUGUGGAUUAUAUGGGCCAGAAUGCUUUGCAGUUGGCAGUAGCAAAUGAACACCUGGAAAUUACAGAACUUCUACUGAAAAAGGAGAAUUUGGCCCGAGUUGGGGAUGCUCUGUUGCUGGCAAUCAGUAAAGGGUAUGUACGGAUAGUUGAAGCAAUACUAAGCCACCCGUCAUUUUCUGAAGGAAAGCGACUCACGACGAGCCCUAGUCAGUCUGAGUUCCAGCAUGAUGACUUCUAUGCCUACGACGAGGAUGGAACAAGGUUCUCACAGGAUAUUACCCCUAUCAUUCUGGCUGCCCAUUGUCAGGAAUAUGAAAUAGUCCAUACGCUUCUGCGAAAGGGGGCCCGGAUUGAAAGGCCCCACGAUUAUUUCUGCAAAUGUACUGAAUGUAGCGAAAAGCAAAAACACGACUCUUUCAGUCACUCAAGGUCUAGAAUCAAUGCCUACAAAGGGCUCGCUAGUCCUGCAUACCUUUCCCUUUCCAGCGAAGAUCCGGUCAUGACAGCUCUGGAACUUAGUAAUGAGCUGGCUGUUCUAGCAAAUAUUGAAAAAGAAUUUAAGAAUGACUACAAAAAAUUGUCUAUGCAAUGCAAGGACUUUGUUGUUGGGCUUCUCGAUUUGUGCAGAAAUACGGAGGAAGUGGAAGCCAUUUUGAAUGGUGAUGUAGAUACAAAUGGCGGUAACGUGGAAUUGGAUGGCCGGCCCAGCUUGUGUCGCUUAAAACUUGCUAUUAAGUAUGAAGUCAAGAAGUUUGUUGCACAUCCCAACUGCCAGCAGCAGCUCCUCUCAAUCUGGUAUGAGAAUCUGUCGGGCCUACGCCAGCAGACUACUGCUGUCAAAUUCCUGGUUGUUUUAGCUGUCGCGAUGGGAUUGCCUUUUCUGGCAAUGGUGUACUGGAUUGCACCAUGUAGUAAGCUUGGUAAGAUAAUGCGUGGCCCUUUCAUGAAGUUUGUGGCCCACGCGGCUUCUUUCACCAUCUUCCUGGGGCUGCUAGUGAUGAAUGCCGCUGACAGGUUUGAAGGCACAAAGAUCCUUCCUAAUGAAAGCCUCACGGAUAAUGCCAAGCAGCUCUUUAGGAUGAAAACCUCUUGCUUCUCCUGGAUGGAAUUGCUCAUUAUCUCCUGGGUAAUAGGCAUGAUAUGGUCCGAAUGUAAAGAGAUCUGGUCGCAGGGGCCCAGGGAAUAUAUGUUUGAGCUGUGGAAUAUUCUCGACUUCGGAAUGUUAGCCAUCUUCGCGGCGUCGUUUAUUGCAAGGUUUAUGGCUUUUUGGCACGCGUCCCGGGCGCAGAACUAUGUUGACGACGAUGAGAGCAUCAAGGAUCUGUCGAGCGCAACGCUGCCUCCCGAAAUAAAAUACUACACGCUAGCCAGAAUCAAAUGGCUGCCGUCAGAUCCUCAGAUCAUAUCCGAAGGUCUCUAUGCAAUUGCCGUCGUUUUAAGUUUCUCCAGAAUUGCCUAUAUUUUGCCCGCUAAUGAGAGCUUCGGGCCCCUGCAGAUAUCACUGGGUCGAACUGUCAAAGAUAUAUUCAAGUUUAUGGUGAUAUUUAUCAUGGUGUUUGUAGCCUUUAUGAUUGGGAUGUUUAACCUCUACUCCUAUUAUCUUGGAGCCAAACAAAAUGAUGCCUUUACAACCGUUGAAGAAAGUUUUAAGACAUUGUUCUGGGCUAUUUUUGGACUUUCUGAAGUGAAAUCAGUGGUCAUCAAUUACGGACACAAAUUUAUUGAGAAUAUUGGCUACGUCCUGUACGGGGUAUACAAUGUCACCAUGGUCAUCGUUCUGCUCAACAUGCUCAUUGCCAUGAUCAACAAUUCAUUCCAGGAAAUUGAGGACGAUGCAGACGUGGAGUGGAAGUUUGCUAGAGCCAAACUCUGGUUCUCGUACUUUGAAGAAGGGAGGACACUCCCAGUACCAUUCAAUUUGGUUCCAAGCCCCAAAUCAUUUGUUUACAUUGCACUGAAAGUAAAAGGUUUUCUCAACAAAAGGUUCCCGUGCAACAGUAAAGGCUUGCAGGAAGACUCAGAAAUGAACAAGCUGGGUCACAGCAAACAUUCCAGCAUCAGGAGCUCGGAAGACGGCAAUCUGAAUCACAUCAGCCAUCCGCCCACCAGAUAUCAAAAAAUUAUGAAGCGCCUUAUUAAGAGAUAUGUCCUGAAAGCUCAGAUUGACAAGGAGAGCGACGAAGUGAACGAAGGGGAGUUAAAGGAGAUCAAGCAGGACAUUUCCAGCCUGCGCUACGAGCUUCUGGAGGAAAAGUCCCACAAUACAGAAGACUUGGCAGAGCUUAUUAGGAAACUUGGGGAGAGACUGUCAAUAGAGCCUGAACCAGAACAGAACAAGGGAUGACGGAGGAGUUAACUACUGAAAACCAUCACCCUCUGAGUUAUCUCUUCAAUUUUCCAACUGUGUGUAUUCAGCAUUUCACAUUCCAUGAUUAUUAUAAGUACUUCCAAACAGCGACAUUUAUCUGAAUAGUCAUAUUACUCACGAUAUAUUUAAUACAUGAUAUAAACUGAGGGUUAUGCUGCUCCAUUACCAGCGGGGAGACUGAUGCUCAGCCACUAUUAUGUAUGUUAUUUAUUGUACUUUUAGCUGUAAGCGCCAUAGAAUUGAUAAACUGGUUCAUCAGGACCAAAGUAUUUAAGAUAAAUAUAGUGCAAGAUGGCCGGUUGCUAGUGGCUAAUUUGUUUAUUUGACCCAGGAGCGAUUUAAAGAAUUGCACAGCAGCCUUGGAAUCCAUCUUUAGGUUCAUUCAUCUUGCGAGGGCUGCACUGACAAAGAGUUCUGUGCUCGGUGCAUCUGUAAUACAUACAAAAAGCACACGCGCCAUUGUAACAUCUAAGUAAUGCAGAACUGAGUCCCCCCGUGCCUUUGUACCUAUGACUGAUAGCAGACACGAGGCGCAUUGCCCCGGCCUAGGAAAGCAAAGGAAAAGCUCCAUGUACAAAUGGAGGGCGUGUAAGGGAGCCACCUUGCUGACUCUUAUGGAAUGUAGGGUAGGGUUAUCCUCCAAUGAUAAUGGGACAAUGGCAUUUGAUCCCAAAGCUUUCGUUUCAGUGUUACAGACAGAGAACUACAAAUAUUGCCUAAGGGGUAAAUUAAUGGAGAGCACAAGGCUAGGGUGGGGCACAAGUGAAGGUCGGGGUGCAACAUGUUCUAAAAUGCCUCAGACGUGGGGAUCAUUUCUCUUAUGUUUAUAAAGGUGCUGAAAAAAACUGGGAACAUGGGAACUCCAUGGGCACGAACAUGGAUCUCAUGACUAUCUUAAAGGAACAGUAACACUAAAAAAAUGAAAGAGCUUUAAAGUAAUAAAUAUAUAAUGCACUGUUGCCCUG